AUGCUGUCACCGACGAUCAAGGUGGUGGGGGGAAACAGUGGCAGGGGUUGCAUGGCUCCUGUAUCCGAAGCAGGGCACGUGGCUGGGCUGCGAGGAUUCGGCGGUGUGGUGGAAGCCAGCGGCUGCGGGGAUGGUCUGCCAUUUCGGUUCGGGGCGGCGAUGGCGGGCCCGGCAGAGUUCCGUCGGACUGCCUCUCAGAGAAACCUCUUGCGGGCGGCCGAGGAUGCGGUCCGGCUCUCAGAGCAGUCAUCAAGGCGGGUUCCGGGACACCGCGUGCGACCAGGGACCAGGUCCCCUCCGCCAGUGCCAGGCCAUAUGGGAAUCCCUCCGUACGCCGGCAGGGAUGUGUUCUUCGCACCAGCGCCCGUUGACGCCUGGGAGCUGGUCGCCAGAAGAGCCUGA